AUUUGAAGAUGAGGCUGCAUGUGAAGAGGAUCGUCGAACGUUUCGAGAGGAAAUCUCAAAACUUUCAACAUCACUUGCUUCAUCUGCGACUAUUUACGUGGAUAAUCCUCCAUUACAAGGUCGUUAUAAGUUAAUAGCAAGAGGUUCACGAGAUGCAUCUCGCAGAAUCUUGUUAGAGCACUUGAAAGUCUGUCAAGAAGUCUACAAUCCCGAAAUGCUUUCUAAAUUUAGUAAAAUGAUCGAAGAGUUUAAUUCAAUUAUCCAAGAAACGAUCGGGGCAAUGAAGGUUGUUGAUUAUCAGUUUAAUAACAACGCAAACUAUAUAGGAGAAUUCAUGUUUGAACGGGAAAGUAUAAUCGAAAUGAUUGAAAAGCGCAGAGAAUUAGUAAAAGAACAAAUGAAAGAUCGAUUUACAGCUAGUGCUUUAAGUCAUGCUGCUAUUUUAAGUGGUAAAGCUAUGGCGAUCUCGGGAAUAUGGUUCCCACCUGCUUUGGUGCCAGGUGCUGUUAUAUCGUUUGGUGGUUGGCUGAGUGCCACUGGUACUGAAUCUGUUGCAAUAAUUAAGGAAAAUGAAGUAUACAAAUUCUUCGAAGAAAGCCUUGCGAAAGACAAAGAAAAGCGUGAAUUAUUAGAACUCUCACAAAUAGAGUUAAAAGAAUCCAUUAUCAAAUUAAACGAAAUCCGUCCUCGCUUCAAGAGUUCAGAAUACAAAAAACAGAACUUGGACAAAAAAAGAAUUGACAUAAUUAAGACUGUGCUGAAUAGUUUUCUUGGUGAAGAAAUUGAUACUGAUUUAUCUGAAUUGAAAUUAGACGAUAACGAAAAAACUGAACAUAAUACUGGUUUGAAAGCAGUGAGAGCCGCACUGGAAGCUGUUUGUAAACCUGUGGCGUCUCCCAUUUCAGUUUAUUGUAUUUAUCGAGAUCGACAGGAAAUUGAAAGCCGUACUUCUUUGGACGACAUGGAUAAGAUAAUUAAAAGUUGGAGAGAAGAAUUAACGGUUUUAAAAAAAAGAGAACUAUUACUAAAUGAAGAAUAUAAGAAAGUUAGGUGGUGUAAAGAGGAAUUGGCAAAAUUAUCAUCAGCUGUUGAUUGA